AUGCACGUGCCAGCGGGAGCCCGGAAGGGGAAAGGGAAUCGGGCGAGGAGAAGCGAAGCCGCGGAGUUGCGGGCGGAGGAGGCUGAGCCAAGAGCGGGUCGGGGGGGUCGGGCCACCUUUUCUCUCCCGGCCGACGUGCAAGCGCAAGAGCUGCAGCAGCUUGGUCUUCCUGCCGUCUCAGGCCCUGGAUGUCAGCCGAGCGGCCCCGCGAAGUUUGAGAGUGGCCCGAAGGCGCCCCCGGCGCGCGGCGCUCCCGAUCUUCUUCCCGCCGCUCUCCCUCGGGAUCCCAGCCGAGGCCGCCGCCCGCAUUCAACGGAACUGCUGCUUUGCUCUGUGAUGAAGGACAGGCGGAAGGGAGAGAAGGUGGAGCCAAGGAGAUGUGCAAAAACAAACCAUGUGAGAAGGAAUCUUUUUGGUCCUGUGGACCACAGUAAUCUGCAGCUGGACAUCCAGCGCAUCUUGUGCACUAGCAUGGAAAAGGCAAAGCAGAGGUGGAACUUUGACUUCUGGCAAGAGGUUCCGACUGAAGGCCUGCUGCAGUGGGAAGAGUUGCAGGGCCACGAUGUCCCCCCCUUUUACCAUACUUGUGUGGUCAGAGAGGCUCCCAGACCCUUGCAGCCCAUGAACCGAGCCUCAGCCAAGGAACCCAAAGCUCGCCACAAUGGCAAAGUGAUUGAGAAACCCUCAAAGAUGGCAGGGAAGAAGAGUCGGCCUGGGAGGAAGCGGAGGCAGACGUCCUUGACCGAUUAUUACCAAGCAAAGAAGCAGAUCAGAACGGAUAUGCAAACUCCUGUAAAGAAACCGCCCUUCUAGAAUGGAACUUUGUCACUGGUUUGCUGGUUUUGUGGGCUGGUUGAUUUUUUAAAGGAGCUUCCAAAAUUAUACAACAUCUUGAAAUGGUGCAUUUAAAUAAUGAACACUUGGGCACUUCACACAGAGGCACAGAUUUUUGAAAUAAAAAAUGUGAACUUUCAGAACAUCAGAAUGCAGUUAGGCCGAUUACGUUGUAUACCCUCUUCCUGCAUACUGCUUUAAAAAAUAAGAGGAAGAGGAGGAAGCAGAUAACCAAGCAAGAAACAGACUAAUUGUAGCAGUAGUGGCACCUCAAAGGAUGUUGCUUAUCAGGAAUUGGUCAGCAUAAGAGUAAAUAGAAAAAAUACUAUGUAUGAACAAUUUGGGAGUGCCAUUAUACGGUCUUGCAUACUAUGUGGUGUCGGUUUUUACUUAUUUAAUUACUAUAUAGACUUGCAUGUCAGUGUGAUCAUCAAUAAUAUUUUUCCAGCUAACUGAAUCCCCCCCCCCAGCUUUUAACAUUUUAAGUAA